AGUUGGAUUGUUUAUACUCUUGUCACAGUGACACGUACACGUUUUCUGCUCAUCUCUAAUGUGUAGGCAGCACGCAACACUUGUUUGGUAUAUGUGCUGUUGUUGUUUUUCGCAGGUAAAAUUGUGUGUGUGGGUGCGCAUGCGCUUAUACAAGAGUGCGAGUGUGUCUGUCUGUUUGUAUGUGUGUGAAUUUGCCGAAAAACUUGUUUGCAGGAGUAGAGCCAUGAAAUCAGUUAGUUUUCGGCAUUCAAGGCAAACAGAACGGUAGUAGAGGAACAGAAAUUGAAAAGUGGAAAGAGUAUUUGGAAAUAAAUAGUUAUUGCUCCUUCGUUGGAAAUCACAGCCACAAGAUGAGCAAAGAGCAGAUCGAAGGUGGCGACUCGGCAAUGAAAUCCACCUCAGAGUUUGCUAACAAGACGCUGCAGGACUACGAGGUGCUGGCCGUGAUGGGCAAUGGAGCCUUUGGCACCUGCUACAAGGUUAAGGAUAAGACCACUGGUGUACUCUACGCCUGGAAGGGCAUGAACUACGAUGAGCUGGACGAUGAUAAAUGUGAAUCUCUCAUAUCCGAGAUAACUGUGCUCCGUCAGCUGCAGCAUCCGAAUAUUGUGCAGUACUAUCACCACCUGGUUAAUCGCGAGGCCAAGUCCAUUUACAUUGUGAUGGAGUGUUGCGACGGUGGCGAUCUAGCCCAGCUGAUACAGCGCGCCCGCUCACAACGCCAACGCUUCGAGGAGCCAUACAUUUGGCGUGUGCUCUUCCAACUGUGCCGUGCUCUGCAGGUCUGCCACAACAAGAUACCCAGUGGAACGAUUCUGCAUCGUGAUAUCAAGCCUGCAAAUAUCUUUCUGGAUGCCUGUGGGAACGUGAAGCUCGGUGAUUUUGGUUUGGCACGCGUUCUGCGGCGCGAUCAGAGUUUUGCGGCCAGCUUUGUGGGUACGCCACACUACAUGAGCCCGGAGCUGGUCAAGGGCAGGCAAUACGAUCGCAAGAGCGAUGUCUGGGCUGUUGGCUGUUUGAUCUAUGAGCUGUGCGCAUUGCGUCCGCCGUUCCGUGGACGCGCCUUUGAGCAGCUCUCCGAGAAUAUAGCACAUGGCCAGUUCAGCUGCAUUCCUGCGGUCUACAGCGCUGAUCUGCAAUCGAUAAUUAGUUUUAUGCUGGCCGUGGAUCAUGAGCAGCGACCGGGCAUUGAGGUGAUCACACGCCAUCCGCUGCUGGUGCGGAAUAUAAAGCAAUUGGUUGCCGAAUUUCCUCGCCUUGUGGACGCCGGCGAGGAUUUCCAGUUGCCCGGCAUGGGCAAACUGUUUCCCGAUUCGCCAGAGCUGUCCAGCACGCUAUUUACGGAACAGUAUAGCUUCAAUGAGGGCUAUGGCCAGCGACGUUUGAGCGUCACUGGCGUCUUUACGCCCGAUCUGCGCAGCGAGCUCUUCUACUCGGCCAAGCGUCGCAUCUUUGGCAGCAAGCAGUUGCUGAAAUCGGAUCCAUCGCUCUACGAGAGCAUCAAACGUGAGCACAGUCCGCAACGACUCACGCAGAACAUAUUCGAUGAGGCGCUACAGAAGCGCAUGCAUGCAAUACGAGCACAGGAGUCGCUCUUGGAGCAGCGCGCAAAUGAGCUGUUAGCAGCCGAGCAGCGGGUGAAGGCAAUGGAACGUGAGCUGCGGACUAAACUGGAGCAGGCAGAGCAGCAGGCACAGCUACAGAAACUGUGUAAUUGCCAGGUGGUUCCGCCCGUGCCGCCACGCAAGCCGCUGGCCAAACGUCACGAUGACACCUACUGCAGCAUUGAGCUAAACGAGACCUCGCCAACGGUGGCCAAAAUGAAUCUGGCCAUGAUGACAGCGCCCAAGCAGCUGCAGCUGCAGCUGCAGAGCCAGGGCAAUACAUUGCGCAAGGUCACAUUUCAAUCACCUCCGAAAUGCAGCAAGUAUGCGUCGGAGCAGUCAGCGACGGCUCCCAUUGCUCCGCCAGUGCUGCCGAUGCAGACGAGUGUCUCCAGCAAUGAGUCCGCCGAAAGCCAGGCGUCCAGCACGCGUCGCAAGUCCAUUUUGUCGCUGUUCGGGCUGAGUCGAGUGAGCAAGGCGCCUGCCAAAUCAGCAGCAGUCACAGCAGCUCCAGCUGCGGCCACGCAUCAGCAACAGCUAUCGCAGCAGCAGCGACGUCCGCCAUUGGCUGCUAAGCUGCCAGCGACGCAGCAACUGCCGCCCCAAAAGCAGCAGCAGCAACAACAACAGUUCAACAACAUGUGGACCAAGGAGCAGAAGCGCGCUGCCUUCGACUUGCUUGCGGCCAUGAAUGCGGCGGAAAAGGAUUCGGCCAGCGUUGUGGCCGCGCGUCGUCAGCAGCUGCGCCAAUCGGUGCGGGAGCGCAACAGCAGCAUGCAACGCAAUCGGGCGAUGCGGCGCUCCCUCGUUCUGACAGCUGGUGGCGCACAGCCAAAGCCGUUGUUGCUUGGCUCGCGUGAGCAAAUGCUGAUUUAAAUUGCAAUUGAGGAAUCGUUUUCGAGUUACUGAAGGGGGCGCUCAAAGUGGCCCGCCUUGUGAUGUGGACUAAGUACCAAUUUUUUUGUCAACCUUUUUUUUUGAAACGACAGUUUUGUUCCUAUUUUAUGUUUAUAUCGUAUUUUUUAGUUGUAAGAAAAACCAAUUGCGCUUUGUGCAAUUUACAAUGUAAUAAAAGAAAAAUUAGUGC